AUGGGUGUGCUUAUAGAUUUUCUGCUCCUCACAGCUAAAGUUGUGGGCUAUAUAAUCCAGUCCCUUGUGCGGUGGAUAAAGAGGCCCACAGAGAAGAGAGUCACCAAUGAAAUAUGUUUAAUAACAGGUACGGCCAGUGCAAGAGGACUGGGUCGGCGUUUUGCUUUAGAACUCGCCCAAAGAGGUGCGACGCUUGUCCUGUGGGAUACAGACACAGAUGGUAAUGAAAAGACUGUGGUGCAGGUGAGGGAGCUGGGUGCCAAGGCUUACGCUUACACCUGUGACGUGAGCCAGCGAGAGGACGUCUAUAACACUGCAGAGAGAGUGCGUCGGGAGGUGGGAGAUGUCACCAUCCUGAUAAAUAAUGCUGGGGUUGUAGCAGGGAAACCAAUCUUGCAGUGCUCAGAUGAAAUUCUGGAAAGGACCAUGAAGACUAACUGCCAUGCACAUUUCUGGACUGUCAAGGCUUUCCUUCCCAAAAUGAUGGAGAUGGACCAUGGUCACAUUGUGACGAUAGCAGGAUCCCUGGGCCUCUUUGCAACAGCUUGCAUGGCGGAUUAUUGUGCGAGCAAGUUCGCAGCAGUUGGAUUCCAUGAAGCUCUUAGCCAUCAGCUGAAAGCCAAGCGAAUCAAUGGAGUGAAGACUACCCUGGUGUGCCCCUAUCUUGUCGACACAGGCAUGUUCACUGGAUGUAGAAUCAGGCAAGAGCUGGAUGCUCUUCUCUCUCCAUUAAAACCAGAUGACUGUGUGAAGACAGCAAUGAAAGGAAUACUGAAUAAUCAGCCCAUAAUAUGUAUCCCCAGAAUAAUGUACUUUGCAGUAGUUUUAAAACACCUCCUUCCAUGGGAUGUUCAAGUUCUUGUUCACAAGUUUUUGGGUAUUGAUAAGUGCAUGCAUCCAUUCAUUAGACAAAGGGAAGCGAAACGCCAUCUCGUAGCAACAGGAAGAUGAAGAUUGGUACUUGCAUGGAUUUAUUAACAGCUUCUGGAACACUUUUUUAAUCUAAACUCAGCUGGGAAAACCUGGUGAAUAAACUCACUUCAAUGUAGAAACACUUAAGGUAGCAUCUUACAUUGAUCCAUACUUUAUCUUUUGGUCCAUGUCUACAGGCUUUCAGGAGAAUUCUGAUGACACCAAGCAUUUAUGUAACAGCUACUACACACAAGGGGACGGCUAGAUGAAGGAUAUAAAUACAUGCAUCAGCAUUUGAUGCUUGGUUCCUUCACGGCACAUAGGUGCUUCUGAAAAUCCCAUCCU